ACAGGUGUGAUGGCCAGCUGUGUGUGUGUGCUGCUGUGUGUGUUGUCAGCCGGUGUGUGUUUGAACCUGCUGGAGGAAGCGUCCGUCUUCAGUGGACCGACAGGAAGUCUGUUCGGAUUCUCCAUCGACUUCCACCGCAUCAACGACACGGCCUACAUUCUGAUUGGAGCUCCCAGAGCCAACAGCAGCCAAUCAGGAGUGAGGGAGGGAGGCUGCGUGUUCCUGUGCCCCUGGUCAGCGGGGGGCGGGGCUUGUGACAUCAUUCCCUUUGACCUGAAAGGUGAUGAGGUCCACAGAGGCUCUGUUCUCUAUCUGACCUCCAAAAGCCGGCAGUGGUUUGGAGCUUCAGUGCGAUCAGUCAGCAACACACACAUACUGGCGUGCGCUCCGCUCUUCCACUGGAACGUUCAGCGGCGAGGGGCGGAGUCAGGAAGCACUCCAGUGGGGAACUGCAUCCUAUUGGACCACAGGACAGGAAGCACCGCCCCCUUCUCUCCCUGCCGACAAGACAUGGUGGAGGACGACUACAAACACCUGAGAUACAGAAACGACCGGCGCUACUGCGAGGUGGGCUUCAGCUCUGACAUCACCAAGGAGGGCAGGGUGGUGCUCGGUGCUCCAGGAGGGUUCUUCUUCCAGGGUCAGGUGAUCACAGUGGGAGUCGAUGACAUCAUCAGCAACAGGCAGAGCCAGGAUCCCACUGAUUAUGUGUCUGGGAUGAGCCAAUCAGACGAGUGGGAGGGGCAAUACGACCACUACCGCGGUUACUCGGUGGCCAGCGGUCAGCUGACAGGGGACUCCACACCAGAUUACCUAGUCGGGUGUCCCAAUGACAGAAACACUGCAGGAUCAGUUCAGAUCUACGACGGCAGAGGCAGCAGGUCACUGAGAGUUUCUCACAGCUUCCUUGGAACACAGGUGGCGUCUUACUUUGGGCACAGUGUGGCAGUGACUGACAUCAACAGCGAUGGUCUGGAUGAUGUGAUAAUCGGAGCUCCUCUCUACAUGGACAGAGUGAAGGAGCAGCUGCAGGAACGAGGACAGGUUGUUGUUUACCUACAAAGAAGACACGCCCCCUUCCUCUCUCGUCCUGACCAAUCACUGACCGGCUUUUCCUUAUAUGGGCGCUUUGGCUCCGCCGUGGUUGCCCUGGGCGACAUGGACAUGGAUGGUUACCAAGACGUGGCCGUGGGGGCUCCCUGGUCAGGUGAUGGUGGGCGGGGCCAGGUGUUUGUGUAUCUAGGCAACAGCAAUGGUCUGUCGGCCAUGCCCUCCCAGGUGAUUGACAGCCCGUUGCCUAGCAACCGAGCAGCAUUUGGGUUCACACUGAGGGGCGGAGCCGACAUCGACGGUAACGGAUACCCAGACCUGCUGGUGGGAGCAUGGGGUGCAGAUCAAGCUUUUGUCUACAGGUCCCAGGUGGUGAUCCAGUCCAGGCUCCACCUCUCUCUCCUGCCGGACUUCCUGAAUCCAGAAACUAAACUCUGUCAGCAGGAAGACACACACCUGUCCUGCUUUGUGAUCCAGGUGUGUGUCCACGUGUCUGGUCAUCGUAUUCCACGAGAGACAGAGUUGUGGGCGGAGCUGCAGCUGGACAAGAUGAAGCAGCCAAUGGCGCGGCGGACGCUGCUGCUGUCCUCCAAUCAGCCGCAGGAGACAUUCAAACUGUCCAUUCGGAAGGAGGUGGGCGUGGCCUGCGUCAACAAGACCGCCUACCUGAGGUCAGAGGCUGAGGUUCGGGACAAGCUCAGUCCGAUCUUCAUCACUGCCAACAUCAGCCUCCUCAACACUACCCAGCAUGCCGUGCUGCAUGGACACACCUAUGCUGUUGCACAGACCAGGAUCAUUCUGGACUGUGGAGACGACAAUUUGUGUGUUCCUGACCUGAGGCUGAGCGCUGAAGCGGCCUCACACAGUGUCUUCGUGGGUGAGGAUCAGUCGGUGCUGCUGUGGGUGUCGGCAGAGAACAGAGGAGAGGGAGCGUACGAGGCCGAGCUGUUCAUCCACGUCCCACCACACACACACUACCAGAGCACACAGGUUGCUGGUGGUGUGCAGGGUCAGAGGCUGGUGUGUGUUCAGAGGAAGGAAAACCACACGGUUGUUGUGACCUGUGACCUCGGCAACCCCAUGAGACAGGGAGACAAGCUAAAGACAGGUCUGUUGUUCAGUGUCGGUCGUCUGGAGGAGGUGGAGAGUCACAUCUGCUUCAAGCUCAGAGUCAGAAGUAAGAACCUGGUGAGCCCCAGCAGUGAGCAGGUGUCUGUGAGGAUCCAGGUGAGGGCCGAGGCGACGCUGGAGAUCAGAGGUGGCUCCUCCCACCCAGAAAUUGUCCUGCCCCUGCCUGACUGGCAGCCUGCAAUGAAUUCUGGGAGUUUAGAGGAAGUGGGUCCACUGGUUGAACACGUCUAUGAGCUGCGUAACCUGGGCCCCAGUGCAGUGAACUGCAGACUGACGGUGGACUUCCCGUCCACGUGGCGACGUCACUUCCUGCUCUACAUCUUCUCUGAGGCCGGUGAGGAAUCCCUGACCUGCCGCGCCCUGAACGCCUCGCAGAUCGACCCGCUCGGGCUGACAGGGAACUCCAGUGCUGCUGCAGUUCCUCUGUUUGUCCAGCAGGAGGAGACAAACUCACACAGUCCCAAUGCAGAGAAAGUGCACGUGAACUGCAGCAGCAGUGAGGUGGGGUGUGUUAGGUUUGUGUGUGAUGUCACGGCAUUAGGGCGGGGCUUCAGCGCAGUGGUCCGAAUCUCAGCUCGACUCUUUACACGCACACUCAUACAGACUCCAUAUCUGAACUAUGAUCUGGUCUCUUCUGCCUCCUAUGAUGUCAUCAACGCCUCAUCCAAGGUCCAACCAGAGCAACUGCCCAGCGGGGACACACAGACUCAGACCAGUGUGUUAUGGCGGCCCCCAGAUGGGGACAAAGAGGUUCCAAUUGGCUACGUGGUCCUGUCAAUCAUCUCAGGGCUCCUCCUCCUCAGCCUGCUCUGCUUCAUCUUCUGGAAGCUGGGCUUCUUCAAGCGGACUCGCCCUCCCACUGAGGAUGAGGAUGAAGAAGAAGAGCAGCUGGCUGAGGACAUGGCAGAUUGACUCACACACACACACAC